AUGUUCGGUAGCUCAAAUCAAAGCACUUUUGGAAGUGCAGGAACAAGUGGCUUUGGACAGCCAGCCCAAACACCUUCAUUAUUUGGAGCUAACACACAGACACCUGCUUUUGGCGGCUUUGGAGCAGGAACGUCGACUUCUACAGGUGCGGGUGGUUUUGGAGGCUUUGGCGUUCAAAAUCAAACAGCGUCCACUUUUGGGUUCGGAGCCCCUGCAUCUAAUCCAACUGCUGGUGGCUUAUUUGGACCGCAGACAGUAUCCCCUUUCGGUGGAACGGGGACAUCAACCGCGACUCCAAGUCCACCUCCUAAUGGCACAGCGAACCCAUCUUAUACGACAACAAGCGAAAAAGAUCCGGCUGGAACGUUGAACGUUUUCCAUAGUAUCAGUGCAAUGCCUGCGUACAGGAACUUCUCUUUUGAGGAACUUCGAUUACAAGAUUACCAAUUAAAUCGAAAAUCACUUGCUACUGGAUCUAAUUUUGGUGGAAUUGGUGGAGUAACACCAUCCUUUGGGGCUACAAGUACUCCAAGUGCGUUCGGUGCUGCACCUGGCGGGGGGUUUGGUAAUGUAUCACCUGCUUUUGGUGCUAAAUCAACACAGCCCUCUCAGUCAUUUGCAUUUGGUGGUGGUACAGCGACUCCUGCUGGAGGAUUCGGUGCUCAAGUCGGCUCAUCACAAUUAUUUGGCGCACAAAAACCUUUCGGUGCUGCACCAACAGGAGGAGGGUUUGGUGGCAAUCUUUUCGGAGCAACAUCUACGCCGGCUACACCCACGUUUGGAGUAAAAACUACGACUGCAGCGCCCGCAUUUGGACAAGGCAAUGUUGGUGGAGGAUUCGGAAGUUUGACUUCUACAGGCUUUGGAUUUGGUGCCAAAACUACUACUGCGCCCAGUGGAUUUAAUAUAGCUCCUACAACGACUCCGGCUUUUGGUGGAUUUGGAGCAACGACAACAGCAUCUACUAACUUAUUUGGUGCUUCUAAACCUACAUUUGGUUUUGGUACAAGCG